UAGGGAUAGGCAAUAAAUGCAGGGCCAGCCAGCGACGGUCACACGCUGGGAAUGAAUAAAAUACUAGGUUCAAAAAAAGAAGUUGCUAAAAGUUCUGGCAGCAUCUGUGAAGAGAAAUGACUGUGUGGAGUUGAACACUGAACGGUAAAGUAUUCUAAAGGCGUUUCUGCAUGGAUUCCAGGCGGUCCUACAUCGAUCCCACCGCGCUGGGAGAUCAGGUCGGAGUAAUGCCGGACUCACUGACAGGCCAACUGCAGAAAUAUCUCUACAACGGCGAAUACCUACUCUUUAAAAGAGCUCCAGUCUUUGAGAGUGAUUUCAUACAAAUCACAAAAAAGGGUCAAGUGAUCAAUAUUCACCACCACGUGUCCAUCGUGACCAUUGGACUGACAUCUACCAACCCUGAUCUCCAGCUCCCUGAUGUGAUGCUCCUAGCUAGACCCAGUGAACAGCCAGCUGCCUGGGAGCUAAGCAGCCAGAGUUCCGCCUUGUCCUCGGAUCCUCUGUUCGGAAAGAGCUCAGCCAGAUAUUUGUGGUCCUCCUCGGCCUCAUCCCCAACAAAUUCCUGGUGUUCAGAAACUGCUCGAUCACAGCCAUCACCCUCAGAUACUGACUUUACACCAAGACAUCACCUGGAGCUGAAGGGCCUCCUUCCUCUGAAACUGGUGAAACUUUCCAUAUUUCACAAACAGAAGCACAGGUUAAAAGUGACCCUGGCCAGCGGCCGUAGCUUUUACCUGCAGCUGUACGUGCAGCCAGAUUGCGAGCAGGAAGUCUUUGAGCAAUGGGUGAAGGUUGUCCACCUGCUCAAGGAAGAGGCACAUAGCAAACACUCUCCGAGCAAGGAGCCAGCUGGACCUCAAAGAUCCACCCCCCACUCGAAGAUUCCGAAAGGAUCACACCGAGAGAGAGGUUGUCCACAGAGAGAUGAAUGGGAAUGUGGAGAUUGGAUGAAGGAUCCCAAAGGAGGGAACAUUCUGAAUGUUUUGACGGAGAAGAGUUUGUGGGAAGGCAGUGAGGAAGAGGAGGGAUUGAUUUCCAGGCAAGGAUCUUGGACACAGCUCCCUGUCACAGUGACCUGUCGAUAUUCACCAAACGAUGCCAGGCCACCCUUCACCACAUAUAUCGAUUCUGGGGUUUUCUAUUUAGAAGAACCUGAGCCUUUGACACAGGACCAUACCUCUCCUGCUGAUCAGAGACAGGGGGAUGGGGAGGGAGUCACUGGCACAGAUUGGACAGUAAGUGACAACCCCCAGAACCUUCCUCAGGAAACUCUGAAAAAGGGAAAGGAGAAGAGGAAAGAGAAGGAUGGACGGAAGAAAGGGAAGAACGCGCCGGCACAAGAUGAGAAAUAUUCCAAAGAGCAGACAACAAUAAAAAGGACGAGACCGAAAGAUAUGGCUGACUUGAUGACGAAAAGCUGCGUUUCAGAGGAGCAGAGAAGAGCUGAAAUAAUUCUGUGGAUGAAAAAGGCUGAAGAGGAAGAGAAGAAACAUCGGGAACAGAAAAAGGUGUGAAGGAAAAGGUCACUCCCCAGUCCUGACUGUGAGCAUCACAAUCACUAUCUUAUCGCCUGCCCUUGUCCUGGGCACCACUGACACGGGCCACGGGCCUCCCUGUAAAUAACUCAACCCAGAAUAUUUAAAGUAAAUUCCUGACUCAUUAAUGCAUUGGCAGUGCAAUUAUUCAGAUUGCUUUGUACAUGUUAUCAAUGAGGUUUGUAUCGAUCUGGUUUAUGGCUCAAUGUCCUGCCAAUUGAGAGCAGUCAUCGAGAGAGACAGUGACCCACUUCAACCUGUGGGCAGGCCUACUGUGACACAGCUGUAGGCUCAACUAUGACAUGUAGUUUAUUUUAGUUUGUCUAAUAGAUAUUUCAGUUUGCACAGCUCUAAAAUUGGUACC